CGGCUGCGGUGCGAAGGGCAAAACUCUGCUACACUGAAGUGUCCAUAAUUACCGGCAUUAUUUCUUACUCGCUGCUGAGGGCUCAUUGUCGGUGCUCUGUGAUUGGCUGAAUCCUGUUAUACAUUACUAAGGACAAACGCUAUCCAACUAGGGGCUUUUGCGCCAUGGAUUAUGCUUGGCUGUCAGUACUUCUGGGAACUGUGCUGUGGCCCCAAGGGGCCCAAAGCUUGCAGAAUGGGCUAGCACUCACACCUCCUAUGGGAUGGCUCCACUGGGAGAGGUUUCUGUGUGAGACCAAUUGUGAGAGGAACCCCAAGAACUGUAUAAGUGAACAGCUGUUCAUGGACAUGGCUGACAAGAUGGUGUCUGAAGGCUGGCUGGAUGCAGGAUAUCAAUACUUGUGUAUUGAUGAUUGCUGGUUGGCUCCAGAAAGAGAUGAAAAAAACAGGCUUCAAGCUGACCCUGUGCGAUUCCCAGGGGGUAUUAAGAAGCUAGCUGACUAUGUUCAUUCUCGUGGAUUACUUCUGGGAAUUUACGAAGAUGUGGGAAGUAAAACAUGUGAAGGGUUUCCAGGAAGCCAGGGUUAUUAUGACAUAGAUGCACAGACCUUUGCUGAAUGGGGGGUGGAUCUGCUAAAAUUUGAUGGUUGCUACUAUGGGACACUGGACAAACUGGAGGAUGGAUAUCGCCAAAUGUCUAUGGCACUGAAUCGCACUGGGAGAAAGAUUGUGCUUUCCUGUGAAUGGCCUUUAUACGAACGGGGUAUAAAGAAGAUCAAUUACUCUGAAGUUGCUGAAUACUGCAAUUCUUGGAGGAAUUUCGGUGACAUCACAGACUCCUGGGGGAGUGUAAAGGCUGUGAUGGACUUGAGCUCUGCUGUGCAGGAGGAAAUUGUCCCUGUGGCUGGUCCUGGGUCAUGGAAUGAUCCAGACAUGCUGGUGAUUGGCAAUUUUGGUUUGAGCUGGAACCAGCAAGUCACACAGAUGGCACUCUGGUCCAUCAUGGCUGCCCCUCUCAUGAUGUCCAACGACCUGAGAGAUAUUCCUGCUGAGUCCAAAGCUCUUCUCCAGGACAAAAAUGUGAUCUCCAUUAACCAAGAUCCUCUUGGAGCACAAGGAUACAGAGUUUUCAAGGCUGAUUAUUUUGAAGUGUGGGAAAGGCCUCUCAUCAAAGGAUCUCUGGCUGUUGCUGUGACCAAUCGCAAUGAAAUAGGUGGCCCUAGGAAUUUCCUGUUGUCACUUUCUCUGCUGUGGGAAGACAGGGUUUGCCAGAACAGUUGCUUUAUUACUCAACUUCUGCCUUCCUUCCAAAAGUACGGUCACCUGAAUGACACUUCCCUGCUGUCACUCUGGAUUAACCCUUCUGGAACCAUAUUGCUCAGGAUAGACUGAGAGAGAGGUUUUUUUAGGCCUUAGCACUUAUUGCAAUUUAGAGCUAAAACAAGCCGGAAAAGUGUUUUGACACUUUAAAAAAGUUGUGCCGUGCCUGUUUUCAAAUAAUUAUAGCAGUUUCAUGCAAUGGUGAUAAAAUAUUAGUUGACAAGACAGCUGAGCCAGAAAACUUGCAAAGCAGGUAAUAACUAAUUUCUAAAAUCAAAGCAUUUUAUUGCUACUAAAUAUUUGAAACCAUGUUAAAUAAGAGCUAUAAAGCUAGCUGUGUCUUGGUGGGAGGGUAUGAGAACAGAGUCGGACUGGGGCAUGCAGGGCUGCUGCCCCUGGGGCCCUGCAUGUGCCCCCGCCCAACGUUCUCCCAAGCACGCGUAAAUUAAACGCAUCAGGGGAGGAACACAGUUGGUCCUGGGGGGCCCACCCGUUUUUUUUCCAGUCCUACCCUGUAUAAAGAAUGAACAAGUUUAUCUUUUUACCUAUUAUGAAAGUUUUGGUCCCAUUUAUAAAAAUGUACACGUAAAAUAAUAUGACAUCCUAUAAUAUGUGUUUAGCAGAGUGAGGAGCUACAAGGCUGGCUAGCUGAGCCUCAUUAGACUUAGUGGCCUAACCAGGAGAGCUGCUUAAUUUGACUCAGGGAGAGGUCUGCACAGGUCACAGGGAGCUGCAGGUUCCCUUGCUGCUAAAACACAAACUAAACAGUGGUUUGUCAACCUACUCUGGUUUUUUUUAUGGUUUGCUGAAGGACUUUGGUGUUUUCUGAACUGUUGUGCUAGAAAAAAAAACUGCCUUUCCUUUUCCUGCUCCUGGCUGAAAGUAUAAGCCACUUUUUCAAAUA